CACACACUCUCACACUCACACACGCAAACCUGACUCACACGCACACACAUACAUACGAGCGACACAUCUAGUCCGACGAUUGCUCAAACUUUGAAAAAUUCAUUUAAUCAGUAAGUUAGACGACGGCGCUUUGGGUGCAUGUUGGUGCAAGAGGAUGGACUUGGAAAUUUCUUUAUGCAGAAAAAAUAAGUUUGAAGUUUUAAUUGGAAGUCGUGAGCGAAAUUGCAGGAGUGAAGACCCUUUGUAGUUGAGAUUACAUGGGGUUCGGUGUGGGGGUGGUGGUAGUGCACGAGUCUUAAGUUGUGGUGGUGGCAGUGGUCUUAGUCGUGGUGGUGAGCCGCCAGUAGUGUAACCAAACGGAAGGAAAAGCGACACCAGCAGCAGGAACAGCAAUGACACCCUGGAUCAGACCCCUGCUGUGCCUCUUGCUGGGUGUCGUCGUCUGGCCCACGUCAGUCAUCUCUCAGGAAUGCUCCUUCAACGAGGAAGACGGUGAGGUAACCACGUGCGACCUUGUGAUGGACGCGGCGCCCUUCCACCGGUCUUCAUGGAGGGCGGGACGCGGCUCAACCUACUUGUGGCAAGGCGGACCCAAGACCGAUGCCCAGGGAAGCACGACAGGAGGGUACGGCAUGGCCAACGUGGCGGACAUGGCCGGGAAGGAGGCGUGGAUGACGACCCGUCCGGGAGAGUCCACGGGUCCUGAAGGACGCUGCAUCAGCUUCUCGUUUUCUAUGGGGCAGCUGGGCGUUGAUUUCCUGGAGGUGCUGCUGGUCUCCUACGACAACGAGAACCCGGAGGAAGCGCUUAGCAACUCCUCCAUCCCGUUGCAUUACCGCCUCACGACCCUGUGGCGUCGGAGGCAAACUACGAGCGGGCUGUGGGAGGCGGCACAGAUCACCUACUCCACCCAAGAACAGCACAGCAUUGCGUUUUCCGCCUCCCCCGACCCUCACUUCAUCAAGUAUCGCGGCUUUGUGGCGGUGGACGACAUCGCCUUCAAUGUAGGCCCUUGUGAGAAUGAGUGCCUCUUCGACAAAGAUCUCUGUGACUGGAAAAACACCAACGAUGAGGACGACUUUGACUGGAGUCUCGGCUGGAGCAGCGACAAGCUAGGCACGGGGCCUGCCAAGGACCAGGCCUCCUCCAUCGACCCCCGCAUCACAACAGGUGGCUACGCUUACAUUGACAGUGCGGCACCCAGGCUGUCCGGGGACAUUGCAAGACUGGUGUCCGAGGUGCUGCAACCACGCGAACAGCCAUUCUGUCUCAAGUUCUGGGUAAACAUGCACGGCGGGGGAUUAGGCUCUCUCAGGUACCGGAGACCGUGGCUUAAUAGUAGAACAUUGGGCGAGAAGACACAACUUGAUUUCUGGUACCUAUGUCAGCAGACAGUGGCGAGUGACCAGGAGUCACAAGUGGUGUUCGAGGCGUCUGUGGGGUUGACAGGCGCGGGGGACAUCAGCCUCGACUCAUUCAGGGUCACCGACGGCCCCUGUCCAAGCCAGCCGGUGGGUACGAGCCGGUCCUGGGGUGACUGCACGUUCCGGGCGGGGACAUGCAAGUGGUACAUCCCCGCGCGAAGCCCAUACGACUGUUCCUUCCUGUCCCGAGUGGCCGGCACCCAUUACGACCCGCCAGGACACACCGAGAGCUGGUACCAUUUCACCGACAUGUACAUGAAGUUUGACCUCAACUGUUAUACCAUCCAACCGCGAGAGAGCGCCGCGAUGGUCUCCCCUGAGCUUAAACUCACGGAGGCCUCCUGUCUCUCCUUCUGGGUCUUCAUGUUCACCAACGUCGCAACGCAAAUACACGUUGGAGCUCUUAAGGUGGUGCUGGUGUACGGGGAGAGGAACGAGACGGUGUGGCGCCUGCAGAACCAGCAACACUCCCACUGGCACUACGCCCAGGUGCUCUUGCCCGUCUCUCCUGACCCCGUGCAGGUGGCCAUCGUGGGCGUGCAGGGCCCCAAGGUGACGGGCAUGAUCGGUGUGGACGACAUCACCGUCUUCCCGUCCUCCCAGUGUCCAGUGUUGCCUUCGUCAGCGAGCGUCGAGAAGCAGGACUGCACCUUUGAUCACAACUUUUGUCUGUGGAAGGUGGAAGGGGAGUCCGCUGGUAGAGUCACCACCGACACGUGGCAUCUUCCGACAGAUAACCGCGUGCUAAAGGACCACACUUUUAACGCAGAUGGAGGUGGCUUCGUUUAUCUAUUCUCCUUCAGGAGCAAGAAGGAGAGCCGCAUUACGAGUCCCAAAAUAGACGGUAACUCAGCUUACUGCCUCACCUUCUGGUUUUCUGAGAUCUACGAAGACGAAGACGCAAAACUCUCCAUCUUUAGAGUGAGGGACGGAGAGGACGACGAGGAGGUGGUGUGGAGCGUGAAACAAAAGCACUUAACUGACCCUCCAGUGAGUGACCAAAGGGCGGAGUGGCGCUACGCUCAAGUCCUCCUUGAGCCACAGUCUUCAGAAUACGAACUGGUCGUGGAGGGCAAGGUGUACGACAGUUCUUGGGCCCUGGACGACAUCACCUUCAUACCUGAUCGUGACAACUGUAAACUUAUCCCAGCCAAGGACAAGGACGACGAAGAUACGGAGGACGACUAAAGGAGGGAAGAGGCCCUGUCCAGUUGUCUUAGAUUCAACGUCUCCAACAGAACCAUAUGGAGAGUCUAUCUGAGGACGCAGUUCUCAUCUAGCUUCCGUUGCCGCUGUUCUACCCCAAAACCUCAUCGUGGUAAAAAUAAUAAAUAUUGUUGCUUUU